AAUCAAUUUACAUAAAAAGGGAAAAAGUUCUACUCCACGGUUAGAAAUGUCCUUUCUUAAUUUCACUGCUUUCCUUCCCAGCUUAGUAGAUUCAAAUAUAAAAAGCUAUCUCCACUUGUUUUCUUUCACUGCCUUCCUGCUCUUCAUUGCUGCCUCACUUAUUUUCUUAUGCAACCGAUGAGAUUCACCUUCAAAUGGCUUCACCAAUAGUUCGGUCCCCUUUUCCGUUUCCGAACAAACUUUUCAGCCUUUGAUUUUAUGUACUACUACAAUUUAGUACCACUUAUCAUCUAAAAUUAUUUUCUGCAGAUUGCAUCAUGUUGAUCAGUCUUCUACCUUUUAACUAAUUUGUUACGUUUGGUUUCUGUUUUACAUGUAAUGAAAAUCUUUGAAGAAGAUAGGAAGCAUACUGAAGCGUGCAGUUUGUGAAGAAGCCUUUCGCUAAGCACAUCCUUUCUUUUCGUCAACUUGCAUUCUCAACCUUCUUCAAAACCCUCGAAUUGGUCAGAAAACAGUGGUUCGAUGCCAUAAGUGAAAAUCUUUGAAGUAGCGAGAAGGUAUAUUAGUGCGUGCAACUGUGCAAGCAGUGAAGAAGCCUUUUCACCAAGCACAUUCUUUCUUUCAUCAUUUGAAGAAAGCACUAGACAUCCAAAUAAGGGACUCCCUAAUGGACAACAUCAUAUCAGCCAUUGAUAUGGUAAAGGACGUUGGCCCUACAGUUUGGAAAUAUGUCAAGUAUCAAUUUUGUCCCAAUGAUUAUGUGGAUCAAUUCAUAGCUGGGCAAAAUGAGCUGAAGCGCCAACUCGAAGAUGUUGAGGCACAAUUAAACACACAACAUAACCAGCCAGCAAAGAAAGCAAGGAGCCAAGUCGACAAUUGGCUGGAGGAAGCGCGUAAAGAAACUUCCGUAAAUGUUGAAGAUCUGAUCUGUAAAGAAGGCUAUUUCGAAAAUAUUUGCUCAUCAAGGAAGUUCCAUAAAAAGAUUCAAGCACUGAAUGGAAUAUUUAUGGAAGGAGGAAAUUACACUAAUGCUGGUCAGAGUUUGGUUAUAGAUGAUCACUCAAUUGAGUAUUGCACGACAGUAUUCAAAGAAAAGCAGGAGCAGCUGAAGCUCAGACAGAAAGACAUUAAGGCACAAUUGGAGACCCAGUGUAUGCAACCUGGAAAGAUUGCAAGGAAGGAAGUUGAAGACUGGAUCGAGAAAGCAGGCCAACGAAUUGCCAUAAAGGUUCAAGACUUGAUCAGUCGAGGGGAAUGUUCCUCAUCAUCCAUCCUUGAGAAAAAGACUGAAGAAUUGAAGCAAACAUUUGAGCAAGGAGAAAAAUACACUAAUGCUAGUGAGAGUUUGGUUGUAGAUGAUCACUCAAUUGAGUAUUAUGCACCUGUAUACAAAGAAAAGCAAGAGAGGCUGAAGCACCAAAAGGAACACAUUGAAGCAAAUUUGAAGACUCAGUGUAUGCAACCUGGAAAGAUUGCAAGAAAGGAAGUUGAAGAGUGGCUGGAGAAGGCAGGCCAACAGAUUGCCAUAACGGUUGAAGAUCUGAUCAGCCAAGGGGAAUCUUCCUCAUCAACCAACCUCAGGAAAAACAUAGAAGAAUUGAAACAAAGACUUGAGGAAGGAAAAGAAUUCACUAAUGCGAGUGUGAGUUUGGUCAUAGAUGAUCACUCAAUCAAAGGAGUUCCACUCCUUGUUGAAAAAUGUAGUGGCAGGGAUGAUAUACAAGAUCAAAUUCUAGAAUGGUUGAAGGGAGAUGAGGUUACAAGAAUUGCAGUUUCGGGAAUGGGUGGUGUGGGCAAGACAACAAUUAUGAAGCAAGUCCACAACCAACUAUUGAAAGAAUCCAAAUUUAACAAAGUUGUUUGGGUAAAAGUGUCCAAAGACUUUGACAUUAUUGUCCAGCACAAAAAGAAGUUUGAUAUUCUCAAGUUUCAAAAAAGGAUUGCAAGUAGCUUGGAAUUAAAACUGGAGCUACAGGAUCAUGAGAAUGAAACCAAGCUUGCAGGAUUGAUUACACAAAGGUUGGGGCAAGGUAGCUCCGUGCUAAUUCUAGAUGAUGUGUGGGAGCCUUUCUCUCUAGAUGAUGUUGGAAUUCCUGAUCUAGUUGGAAAUAAUGGUUGCAAGUUAGUGCUGACGACACGAUUACGACAUGUUGCUCGUGCAAUGGAUUGUAAGGUGAUCUUGGUGAAUCCUCUUCCAGCUAAUGAAGCAUUAGCAUUAUUCUUGGAGAAUGUUGGGAGUGAUGUGUUUUCAAAUGGCAAAAUUAAAACAGAUAUAGAGCCAUUUUUGAAGCAAAUUUUGCAGAAAUGUGAUGGAGUACCCCUUGCUAUUGUGACAGUGGCAAAAUCCAUGAGAGGGAAAUUGAAUCCUAGUUCAUGGAAGUUGGCACUUUCUGAAUUGGUGAGUAAAUUCGAAGGAAUUGUUGAUUGUUUAAAAUUUAGUUAUGAAUGCCUAAAACCACAGUGCCAGGAGUGUUUCUUAUAUUGUGCAAUGUAUCCUGAAGAUUAUGAAAUCCCAAAGGAGCACUUAAUUGAGUAUUGGAUUGAGGAGGGGUUUAUAUAUAAAGAAGGGAAAACUAGGGAGGUAAUGAAUUGGAAGGGUCAUGAUAUACUUGAUAUUCUGGUUGACAAUUGCUUGUUGGAAUCAAUUAAAAGUAUAGAUGAAGAAGAUUGUGUUAGCAUGCAUGAUCUUCUUCGAGAAAUGGCAUUAGAAAUCAAACCUCAAUUCUUGGUGAAAGCUGGCAUGGCCUUGGAAAAGCUACCAGAGGAGCAUGAAUGGAGUGAAGAUCUUUUGAAAGUUUCUUUAAUGAGGAAUUACAUAGCAGAAAUUCCUUCAAGCAUGCCAUCUCCGAAGUGUCCUAUGCUCACAACCUUCUUGUUGUCCAAUAAUAAGAUUUCAACAAUUCCAGAAGCUAUUUUUGAGCAUAUGCUUGGGCUCAAGAUUCUUGAUCUUUCCUACAAUCGUCAACUAAGUAGGCUGCCAAGUUCUGUUUCCAAAUUGGAGAAGCUUACUGCAUUACUGCUGAAUUGUUGUGCUUCCUUAAGAGAGGUACCAUCUUUAUCCAGCCUUGUAGGCUUAAAAAAGUUGGACAUUUCUUGGACAUCAAUCGAAGAACUACCCCAAGGCCUUAACAUGUUAACAAAUCUAAAAUAUCUUGGUCUUGGUGGAAGAUUAUCUGAAACACUUGAUGAACUGCUACAAAAUCUCUUCAAACUUCAGCAUUUAACAGUAAAAACCAGCACAAAAUUUAAAUGGGAGAAGAUUGGAAGCUGGGGGAAGCUUCAAAACCUUGAGAAGUUGAAUCUUUACAAUUUGAAUAAUUUGAAUGUGGUGUUUGGGGAUGUAGGAGCAGUUGCUAAGUGGUUGGGGUAUCUCCAGAAAUUACAAACUAUUCAUGUUCGUUAUUGUUUGCAACUAGAGGAGAUAAUAGAGUCUGAAUCUGAAGAAGGAGAAAAAGUCACUCUACCCAAGUUAGAAAGCUUGAGAUUGAACUCAUUGCCUAAAUUGAAGAGAAUCUACAGCAAUUCUAAUACUGUUUUGAUUUGUGAUUCCCUCAAGAACAUUGAAAUUGAGAGUUGCAAAAACAUAGAGAGUGUUUUUUGGUCAGGGUUCAACCCACUUCCAAAUCUUGAAUAUCUACACCUUUACAAUCUAGUGAAUCUGAAAUCCAUGUUUAAUGAAGAAGGUCUUGGUUUAUCGCCGCUUGCACCUCCCACAAUCUUUUUCUCUCUUAAAGAAAUUGAGGUUUAUGGGUGUAAUCAAUUAAAGAAGGUAUUCUCAUCUGGAUGGCUACUCGGCUACUUCCAAUCUCUAGAGACUAUUAGGGUUGGAUGGUGUUCGCAAAUGGAGGAGCUGAUAUCGUCAUUGGCACAUGAAGAAGAAAAUGUCACUCUACAAAAGUUACAAAGCUUAGAAUUGAUCCAAUUGCCUGCAUUGAAUAGCAUCUACACUCGCUCCAAUGUGUUGAUUUGUGAUUCCAUCCAAAGUCUGAGGAUUGCCAACUGUGAGAAGCUAAAGAGGAUUCCACUGAAUUUUCACUUGCUUGAUAAUGCCCAUUUAUCUUAUCCUCCUUCCCUCAAACAAAUUGUGGUAUUCCCAAAAAAAUGGUGGGCAUCAUUGGAAUGGAGCCAUCCCAAUGCAAAAGACAUCCUUUUACCCUUAUGUGAGUUUCGGUGGAUUGAUUGGUUUUCGUAGUCCGGCAAAAUCCAAAUUGCCUGCAUUGAUUGCUUGUAUAAGAUGUAAGAGCUUAAGAACUUUCUUUGUCCGUUUUUCAAUUGUUUCGGUUUUGCCAUUCAUUUUCAGUCUUUUUUUUUUUUUCUUUUUUGGGUUGAAAUAUAAGGACUUGCUAAUGGUGCUUAGGGGCUUUUAAUUUAUUCUGAUGCAGUUUAACUUGUGGUAUUGAUAAUGUAUUUGAUUCAAGAAGUAGUGAAAUUUUUCCCUGUAGUUUGACCAAUGUUUGUAUCCAAGUUUCUUUUUGCUCCGAUUUGUAGCAAUUUAAUUUUGAGUUCAUCUGAAACUUUCUAAUGGGGCUAUUUGAUGUUUUUGAUAAUAACUCUCAAGCGUUAUUUUAUGCAUGGGAUUUAAUCAUCAGUAGUGAUCUUUCACAGGAAAGUAAAACGGAUUUUCAAAAGGAAGGGAUGGAUUGAGGAAUAUGGAUACCUCUUUAUACAGUGCGAUGCAAAGACUCAAUUGAAUGUAGGACAAUGCUAUGACGAGCUUGUCUUAAAGAUAAAAGCCACUUACAAAAUUUUGAGAGAUACAAAAAGUAAACUUCUUGUUGCAAAAGUAGUUAUUUGGCAUGAUAGAAUAUGUAGUUGGAGUUGACUAGAUCCCAAGUCCUUAAACUGCAUUCAGGGGAUUAAAGAUACCUCCUAAAACAAAACGGAACUUGAUUUCAAAGGAGGUAGCUUCUCCUGGUAAAUUGGGAAUAAAGGGAUCUUCCCCAGGCUUGUAGGUUAAAUACACUUCCUUUGAAUUCUAUUCUUUUGUAGAUAAAAGACUCCUUUAAAAUUUUGUAAGAUACAAGAAAAUACUUUUAGCUGCAGUAGAAGUUGUUGUAAGGUGUAGUGAUAAAGUACUUGAUUCGAAAUGUAUAAAAGUUAUUGUGAAGU